AUGAAAGUCGCUCUGCUGAUUCUACUCCUCCUUGUUGUCGAUGCGUUCUCGCUCAACAAAGUUUUAAAGUCUGACUUUUCUAAAACAGAGAGAAUCGGAAACCUCAGUUCUAAGGAAGUAAAGAAGACUGUUGGUAUGAAAAAACAUAAAUUCUUUCUUAUUCCACUUGGUAUAUUGCUGGUCGCCACUGCCUUUGGAAUGAGUGUAUGGGGAGCGACCAGAGGCUGA